UAGGUAAACACACAAAAACAAAGCGCCGGCAAAAAGUGUAAAUAAUAAAAAUUAAAAGCACCUGUCAACAAAACGUUGACCACACCGAAUUAUUCAGUUUGGGCGCUACGCUUUGUAGAAAUUCACUAUUAAAGCGCGGCUCGGCGAACUUUGUUCCGCAGUCAACAUCUGGGAUUCACAGCAGCCGCACCAACAACAACGACGAAGCAAGAAGAGUCGCAACCAGGAACGGGAAGAAGAGGAAAAUCAGCGUUUCGGAAUGAGCAGCGAUGCGGAGGAGAAAAGAGCCAAGGCCCAACCCAAUGGCUGUGAGCGCGCCUUCGUCCAGGGUAGCAAGAUUAAGUGGUUUUGGGCUCCCGCCUUCUUCGGCUUCUGGCUUCUGCUGUACGUGGCCAUCUCUAUUCCCGCCUGCAAUCGCCUGCCCCGCCCACUGACCAUCCAGGAUGAGGCCAAGCACCCGGACCAAUUUAUUGCAGAACGGGCUGAAAACAAUCUGCACGCGCUGGUGGACAUCGGACCGCGAGUGGUGGGCAGCAGGCAGAAUGAGAUGGCAGCCCUGAAGUUACUGUCCCAAAAAAUGCAAAAGAUUCGAUCAGGAACAGCCAACGAUAUCGAGGUGGAUGUGCAAGUGGCUUCUGGUAGUUAUGUGCACUGGUCCAUGGUCAACAUGUACCAGAGCAUUCAGAAUAUUGUUGUCAAGAUCAGCCCCAAGGGAACCAAUAGCACAACUUACCUGCUGGUGAACAGUCACUACGAUUCCGUGCCGGCGGGACCAGGUGCUGGCGAUGAUGGCUCCAUGGUGGCCACUAUGAUGGAGGUUCUGCGUGUGCUGGCCAAGUCGGACAAGCCGCUGAAGAACCCUGUCGUGUUCCUGUUCAAUGGAGCUGAGGAGAAUCCCCUGCAGGCCUCCCAUGCCUUCAUUACCCAGCACAAGUGGGCCAAGUAUUGCAAAGCUCUUAUCAACCUGGAUUCCUGCGGCAAUGGCGGUCGGGAGAUCCUGUUCCAAUCGGGUCCCAAUCAUCCCUGGCUUAUGAAGAACUACCGACGCGCCAUCAAGCAUCCGUAUGCCUCUACCAUGGGCGAGGAGCUCUUCCAGAAUAAUUUCAUUCCCUCGGACACUGACUUCCGCAUCUUCCGAGAUCACGGAUCCGUGCCCGGCUUGGAUAUGGCCUACACUUAUAAUGGCUACGUUUAUCACACGCGUCACGACAAAGCAGACAUCUUCCCCAGGGGAAGUCUUCAGCACACUGGCGACAAUCUGCUGGCCCUGGUUCGGGAGAUCGCCAACUCACCCGAGCUGGAAGACUCUUCGAAAUAUGCCGAGGGUCACACUAUCUACUUCGAUGUCAUGGGCUGGUUCCUGGUCUUCUACACCGAAACUGAGGGCGUUAUCCUAAACGUGAUCGUGGCUCUGGCAUCCCUGGGCAUCUGUGGCUUUGCCUUCAAGCUGAUGUCUGUCAGCUCGGGAAUUAAGCUGGAUAAGAUCCUCAAGCGAGUCCUGCACACUUUCUUUGUGCACCUUCUAUCCGUGGUCGUUGGAGCUGUAUUGCCCGUCCUCCUGGGUCUGUUUAUGGAUGCGGUUCACCUGCCGUUGUCCUGGUUUACGAACUCCUGGCUCAUCUUGGGCCUGUACUUUACCACCUUCUUCUUUGGCUUGGCCAUAGUGCCGGCCAUGUACUUCCACUGGACCAAGCAUGAUAAGCUGCCCAUUGGUCAGCGCGUGCAGAUUCUGCUGCACUGCCAUUGCCUGCUUUUGGCCCUUCUUACCUUGAUCUUUACCAUCUGCGGAGUACGCUCUGUCUUCGUUCUGAUGCUUAGUUGCCUGUUCUAUACAAUGGGCUUGAUUAUCAAUAUUGCCACCAAGCUGCACAGCAAAGAUGUGGCCUGGGUCAUUCCGCAUAUUGUCUGCAUUGUGCCGCCUUUCGUGUUCUUUGCCUACUUCUCGCAUGGAUUCUUUACCACCUUUAUUCCCAUGUUUGGACGCUUUGGCGAGAAUCUUAAUCCGGAUCUGGCAGUGGCUGUGUUCAGUGUUGCUGUGGGCUUCCUCACCUGCGGCUUUAUUGUGCCCGUUCUGCAGCUGUUUAACAAAUCAAAGACCAUUAUCACUGCUCUGCUGGGUGUGACUUUAUUGUGCUUUAUUAUUGCCAUGACACCCAUAGGAUUCCCCUAUCGCCCGGCCACCAAUGUCCAGCGAUUUGCUGUGCUGCACACGAAACGCACCUUCCACGAUGCCGAAAACCAUAUCCGCCGCCAGGAAUCGGGCUACUUCAUCAUGCCCCAGGACCGACGCACUUAUACUGUCAAGAAUGCAGUAAUUAACAUGACGCUGGCCCAACGAAUUGGCGCUGACUGCGAAAAGGAAAUCAAUUGUGGUUUGCCGCUUUACAAUCAGCGUUGGCACAAGACCAGAAAGAACAGUCUCUGGAUACCCGCCUCAGAGCCAGUUCUUGGCGAAGAUUUACCCACCGUAAUUGUGCUAUCAAAGAAACCUUUGACAGCCACCAAAAUCCGCUACGAGAUGCAGUUGAGCGGUCCCAAUCACAUGGCCUUGUUUAUUAAGCCCUUAAAUGGAGCCAGCGUGAAGGAUUGGUCAUUCCACAAAGCUCCCCUACGUCUCAACUUUGAGACACCAUACUUUGUGUACUUCUCGUGGGGCGUCAAUGGAGAUCCCCUUAAAUUCUGGCUAGAGCUGGAGAAACCCAAUGGAAAUUGGAAUUCAUCUACUGUGGAGCUGGGUCUAGGUGGCCAUUGGACCCAUCACAAGGACAUGUUGACGCCAGACUUUAAAAAGUUCCUGGACAGUUUCCCCGCAUAUGUGGACGCCACGCCCUGGCCGGCUUCCUUUGAGAGCAGGAUCUACUAGGUUAAGAAAAAUGUCUAGAAUUUGUAUGUGUUUAAGUAAAGUAAAAGCUGAAAUGUUGA